AUGAUUAUCACAAUGUUAUCGAUCUCAAUGAACUGCAGAAUGAUAUUACUACUGACUUAUCUGAAACUGCCAAAAAUGUAUGAUGCUCUUGAAGAGCGCCUCAAGGCUAUGGAGACUUCCAAUAAGCCUGGUUUCAAUGCUGCUGCGAUGUGUCUGAUUCCUGUGGUUGUUAUUCCUCCGAAGUUCAAGGUUCCAGAUUUUGAAAAAUAUAAGGGAACCACUUAUCCUAAUACUCAUCUCUGUUCUUACUGCAGAAAGAUGGCCGCCUAUGCUGAUAAUGAGCCGCUACUUAUGCAUUUUUUUAGGAUAGCCUAG